ACCUUGGAGAGCUUUCAUAUCAAGGUUGCUUCAUCUCUUCCUGAAAGCAGCACAGAGAGCAAGGCUGUCUGCCAUGGGGAGGGCACCCUGCUGCGAUAAGGCAAACGUCAAGAAAGGGCCAUGGUCGCCUGAAGAAGACACAAAGCUCAAGGAGUACAUUGAGAAGUAUGGCACUGGUGGAAACUGGAUCGCUCUCCCCCACAAAGCUGGUCUGAAGAGGUGCGGAAAGAGUUGCAGACUUCGAUGGCUUAAUUAUCUCAGGCCAAACAUUAAGCAUGGAGAAUUCUCUGAUGAUGAAGACAGGAUAAUAUGCAGCCUCUUUGCAAGUAUUGGUAGCAGGUGGUCGGUGAUUGCCGCUCAGUUGCCGGGCAGGACAGACAACGACAUCAAAAACUACUGGAACACCAAGCUGAAGAAGAAGCUGUUCGGAAGGCAGAAAGACCAGCAGCAGACAGGCCGCAACUCUGCACGGAAAUCACAGGCGAAUCCGAUCAUCCCCACCAAAUCAACCCUCCUGGAACCAACCAAGAACGAGUCGUCCCUUCUAUCCUUUGAAAACCUUCACUUUCCCACCUCCAUAAUUAUGAACUCACACCAACAGCAGGAGCAGCAGAAUGUUUUAGAGACCUCUUCAGACGUCUCCCAACUCAACUACAUAUGGCCCGGCCUCCUACCACUCAACCUCGACCACCACCAACCUGCACCAUUCUCCACCUGCAUGUUCAGUGCUGACCAGAGCUGCAGCUCCUCCGAUGGGAGUUAUAAUCAAGUUGCAGCGGUGAAGACGGAGAUGAUGCCCAAUGAAAUAAUCGACACCAUUGCCCUUGAGAACCUCCUCUUGCCACAGAAGGGUAGCGUGGACAACCAGAACUCUUACAGAUUCGUUCUUGGCGGAAACAGUGGAGGCUUCGAAGGCGACAGUACCGCGAUGUGGGGUGCAACCCCUUUGUUCUCCGAUUACGAAGACUCCAAGCCGUUUACAGGACAGGAUUUCAAUAACUUGUUGCUAGGUAGUACUGCGGUUAGUGCCAAUAACAUCUCUCAUUGUUUCUCUCAGGAGAGAAUCAUGUACUAGUUGCAGAAAAUUUCAGGGUUUUUUAACUUGGGGUUUGAAGUGGGGAGUGGAGAUUACGGAAUUCAGAUGAUUUUUCUGUGCAUUUUGUAAAUAAUAAUCACACCCCACUUCAGCCUUUGUAUUCAGUUUAGAUUUCGUGAGCAAUAAAUGGUUCUCGAGAAAAGUUCAAGGCACCGGCCAUUA